CAGGAGCCGCACCUCGGACAGCAGCAGCGGCGGCCGCGGAAGGGUCCGUGUGGCUCCCGGUGGUGGCGGCGGCGGCUGUGGGGACCUGCGUGAGAGAGUGGUACCCGACGCGGAGACCGCGGGCGGAGGUUCCGCGCGGCCGGACCCGACACUCAACGACUGGACCCGGGGAUCCACCGGGGAACAAGCGGCAGAAGAGCGACUCGGUAACAAGUGGAGAGGAAGCGGCGGCGGCGACGCCGGGCCCGGGGUGGUGACAGCAGGUCUGAGGUGCACCGUAAAUACAAAAGACUGAAGUUAUAAAAGAGAAAAAAAAAAGAUUGCUGCUGAAAUGAGUCUGAGCAAUACAGUAUAUUUUGUGCCAUACACAAAAAGUUAUUGAGGAAAGGAUAUUGAAAUCUCCAACUACAAUUGUGGAUUUGUCUAUUUCUCCUUGCAGGUACUGAAAUUUUACCCCCCCCUCCCCCGCAAAUAUUUGUCAAUGAGAGAGAAAGCUGACUGGGAUAUCAAAAGCAAAGUGCUUGCACAUACUGGUCAUCAUGCGGAAAGGGGUGCCAAGGGACCCAGAGAUUGCUGAUCUGUUCUACAAAGAUGAUCCUGAAGAGCUUUUUAUUGGUUUACAUGAAAUUGGACAUGGAAGUUUUGGAGCAGUUUAUUUUGCCACAAAUGCUCACACCAAUGAGGUGGUGGCAGUUAAGAAAAUGUCCUAUAGUGGGAAGCAGGCACAUGAGAAAUGGCAAGAUAUUCUUAAGGAGGUCAAAUUUUUACGACAAUUGAAGCAUCCUAAUACUAUUGAAUACAAAGGUUGUUACUUGAAAGAGCACACCGCUUGGUUGGUGAUGGAAUAUUGCUUAGGCUCAGCCUCUGAUUUGUUAGAAGUUCAUAAAAAACCACUUCAGGAAGUGGAGAUCGCUGCCAUUACUCACGGUGCCUUGCAGGGGCUGGCCUACCUACAUUCUCAUGCAUUGAUUCAUAGGGAUAUUAAAGCAGGAAAUAUUCUUCUAACAGAGCCAGGUCAGGUGAAACUAGCUGAUUUUGGAUCUGCCUCAAUGGCUUCUCCUGCCAACUCCUUCGUGGGCACACCUUACUGGAUGGCUCCAGAGGUGAUCUUAGCUAUGGAUGAAGGACAGUAUGAUGGGAAAGUUGAUAUUUGGUCACUUGGGAUCACUUGUAUUGAAAUGGCGGAACGGAAGCCCCCUCUUUUCAACAUGAAUGCAAUGAGUGCCUUAUAUCACAUUGCCCAGAACGACUCCCCCACAUUACAGUCUAAGGAAUGGACAGACUCCUUUAGGAGAUUUGUUGAUUACUGCUUGCAGAAAAUGCCUCAGGAAAGGCCAACAUCAGUGGAACUAUUACGGCAUGACUUUGUUCGACGAGACCGGCCACUACGUGUCCUAAUUGACCUCAUACAGAGGACAAAAGAUGCUGUUCGUGAGCUAGAUAACCUACAGUACCGGAAAAUGAAAAAAAUCCUUUUCCAAGAGACACGAAAUGGACCCUUGAAUGAGUCACAGGAAGAUGAAGAAGACAGCGAACAUGGAACCAGCCUGAGCAGGGAAUUGGACAGCCUGGGCAGCAACCAUUCCAUCCCAAGCAUGUCUGUGAGCACAGGCAGCCAGAGCAGCAGUGUGAACAGCAUGCAGGAGGUCAUGGAUGAUAGCAGCUCGGAACUUGUCAUGAUGCAUGAUGACGAAAGCCCAGUAAAUUCCAGUUCCUCUGUUGUGCACAGGAAGGAUCAUGUAUUCAUAAGGGAUGAGGCGGGCCACGGCGAUCCCAGGCCUGAGCCGCGGCCUACCCAGUCAGUUCAGAGCCAGGCCCUCCACUACCGGAACAGAGAGCGCUUUGCCACGAUCAAAUCAGCAUCUUUGGUUACACGACAGAUCCAUGAGCAUGAGCAGGAGAACGAGUUGCGGGAACAGAUGUCAGGUUAUAAGCGGAUGCGGCGCCAGCACCAGAAGCAGCUGAUCGCCCUGGAGAAUAAGCUGAAGGCUGAGAUGGACGAGCACCGCCUCAAGCUACAGAAGGAGGUGGAGACACAUGCCAACAACUCGUCCAUCGAGCUGGAGAAGCUGGCCAAGAAGCAAGUGGCUAUCAUAGAAAAGGAGGCAAAGGUAGCUGCAGCAGAUGAGAAGAAGUUCCAGCAACAGAUCUUGGCCCAGCAGAAGAAAGACUUGACAACUUUCUUAGAAAGUCAGAAGAAGCAAUAUAAGAUUUGUAAGGAAAAAAUAAAAGAGGAGAUGAAUGAGGACCAUAGCACACCCAAGAAAGAAAAGCAGGAGCGGAUAUCCAAGCAUAAAGAGAACUUGCAGCACACACAGGCUGAAGAGGAAGCCCACCUUCUCACUCAGCAGAGACUGUACUACGAUAAAAACUGUCGUUUCUUCAAGAGGAAGAUAAUGAUCAAGCGGCACGAGGUGGAGCAGCAGAACAUUCGGGAGGAACUAAAUAAAAAGAGGACGCAGAAGGAGAUGGAGCAUGCCAUGCUGAUCCGGCACGACGAGUCCACCCGAGAGCUCGAGUACAGGCAGCUGCACACAUUACAGAAACUCCGCAUGGAUCUGAUCCGGCUACAGCACCAGACUGAACUGGAAAACCAGCUGGAGUACAAUAAGAGGCGAGAAAGGGAACUGCACAGAAAGCAUGUCAUGGAACUUCGGCAACAGCCAAAAAACUUAAAGGCCAUGGAAAUGCAAAUUAAAAAACAGUUUCAGGACACUUGCAAAGUACAGACCAAACAGUAUAAAGCACUCAAGAAUCACCAGUUGGAAGUUACUCCAAAGAAUGAGCACAAAACAAUCUUAAAGACACUGAAAGAUGAGCAGACGAGAAAACUUGCCAUUUUGGCAGAGCAGUAUGAACAGAGUAUAAAUGAAAUGAUGGCCUCUCAAGCGUUACGGCUAGAUGAGGCUCAAGAAGCAGAAUGCCAGGCCUUGAGGCUACAGCUCCAACAAGAAAUGGAGCUGCUCAAUGCCUACCAGAGCAAAAUCAAGAUGCAGACAGAGGCACAACAUGAACGUGAGCUCCAGAAGCUAGAGCAGAGGGUGUCUCUGCGCAGAGCACAUCUUGAGCAGAAGAUUGAAGAAGAGCUGGCUGCCCUUCAGAAGGAACGCAGCGAGAGAAUAAAGUACCUAUUGGAAAGGCAAGAGCGAGAGAUUGAAACUUUUGACAUGGAGAGCCUCAGAAUGGGAUUUGGGAAUUUGGUUACAUUAGAUUUUCCUAAGGAGGACUAUAGAUGAGAUUAAAUUUUUUUGCCAUUUACAAAAAAAAAAAA